AUGGCCUUCUCUAAUGCCAGCACCCCCAAGGACCCAGGCCAUCCGUACGCCAAAACAAAGCACAUCUCCUUCGAGUUCUUCGACCAGCGGCGAUCCAAUGCACCAUUCGGCUACGAGCACUUCGUCUCCGUGCCGCCAAACUACGGGAAAGAACUGGAGAAAAGCUGGCCACUGAUACUCUUCCUUCAUGGUGCCGGCGAAUCCCAGCGUGCCGUCAAAGAAUCCUACGCCUCACUCUGGCACGGCGUCCCAAAGCUCAUCCUCUGCUAUGACGCCCUAAAAUCCGGCCAAACAAAGCAAGGCGACAAAUCCACAGAUCCCGUUCCUGCCGACGUUUGCGAAAUGGUAACGGAGAACUUCAUCACAGUGACGCCGAGCCUGAACAUGGAGUGGGGAUAUGGCUGGAACGCGUCGAUUCUAUCAGCGCUGCUGGGUGAGAUUGUGGAGCGGUACAGGGUGGAUUUGGAGAGUGUGCACGUGACGGGUUUUAGUAUGGGCGGGUAUGGAACGUGGGAUUUGGCUAUGCAUAGUCCGAAGAGGUUUGCGACGCUGAUGCCGAUUUGUGGGGGUGGGGAUCCGGCGAGGGCGACGUUGGUUAAGGACGUGCCUCAUUGGAUUCAUCAUGGCGACAAGGACGACAUCAUUCCUCUUCGCGCUUCUCAACAGAUGUUCAAUGCCUUGGCGAAAUAUGGCGCAGCUGAAUAUGUUAAGUUCACCCGGUAUCCGGAUCUGAUGCACGAUAGCUGGACUGCGGCGUACGGAAAUUUCGAAGUGUUCGAAUGGAUGCUUCGGCCAAAGAGAAAGUGGAAGGGUGACGAAAGAGUCGUCCCGGAAGAGAAUAAGGCGUUUGUUGCAUAGUCGGUGUGCUCAGAUCUCCUGUAGGAGAAUGUGUCCGGGAGCACCGGCUGUC